CGCUCCUCUCCGUCUGACUCUGAAUCCAACAUGGAGAAAUGAGGAGAUGGGGCUCGUCCGGGGCCAUCCGCACCGACACCAGCGCUCCAUUUUCGGUCACCGCAUUCCAGCCCGCUCCGGUGGGGGAGGAGGAGGAGGUGACGGAGGAGGCAAAAAAGGCGGAGGUGGAGGAGGUGAAGGAGACUGGAUGAGCUCCAGUGACUGAGGACUGGGAGGAGGAGGUGUUGGGGGGGAACACUCACCGGGAUUAACGCCGAGGAGGCGCGGAGGGAGCGGGGGAGGACCGGGCUGCUGCUCCUGCUGAGGAAACAUGAGCACCGCGCGCGCCGCCGCGGUGGGAGCUCCUUAUGACCGGAGGUGAAAUGGGAAACAUGAGCGAGGACACGCGCCCGGACGAUGAUAGCUACAUAGUGCGCGUCAAAGCGGUGGUGAUGACCAGAGACGAGUCGAGCGGCGGCUGGUUGGCGCAGGACGGCUGCCUGAGCAGAGUGGGCGUGUGCAGACUGCUGCCGACCGAGCUGCUGGGACGUAACACGUUCCUGAUCCACGGAGAACGUCUUAAAGACAAGCAGGUGAUUCUUGAGUGCUUCUUAAAGAAGGAUCUAGUCUACACGAAGGCCACGCCCACUUUCCACCACUGGAAGGUGGACAACAAGAAGUGUGGCCUGACUUUCCAGAGCCCGGCCGAUGCCCGCGCCUUUGAUCGCGGCGUGAGAAAGGCCUUGGAGGACCUAACCGAAGGGUCGACCACGUCCUCGUCCACGCUGCAGAAUGAGGCCGAGCUCGGCGAUGAUGACGUCUUCACGACUGCCACCGACAGCUCGUCCAACUCAUCCCAGAAGAGAGAGCCAGCGAUGCACACGCUCACCCCGCCCACCUUCUGUGAACCCCGCCGGCACCACUGCAUCCUGGGACAUUUGUAUGAACAGCAUCGGCCCACUGAGCAUUACUUCCUGGACCAGGUGAGUACGGCGGUGCAUAUGUUUCCUCGUCACGUCAGCUUCCAGUUGGAGGACGAGGAGGUCGUACGCAUCAACCCCCGCGAGCGGACCUGGCUCACCGGCUACGAGGACUACCGCCACGCCAACUCCUCACGCGACAAACUCGCCCAGCUCCACAACCCGGACGCUUGCGUGCACUUUACCAAGAGCGAGCCGGCCAAACGCGACUACGCCUACCCGUACCCUCUGAGCUGCGACGGAAAACCCAGCUGCCUGGAGAUGGGCGGCGGCCACAGGGCGGUGCUGACGGUGCAGCCGCGAGCCCCGGAGCUCAAAGGCAAACUGCGGAAGGAGGACGCAGAGCGCUCGCGCUGCGUUUACUGUCAGGACAUGUUCAAUCAAGAGGACAAUGGGCGGGGCCGCUGCCACGAGGCGCCCGACCCCAUUCAGACGUGCAUCCGGCGCGUGAGCUUCAUGUGGUGCGCGGACAGCCUUCUGUAUCACUGCAUGUCUGAUCCGGAGGGGGAUUACUCAGACCCGUGCUCCUGCGACACCACCGACGAGCGUUUCUGCCUGCGCUGGACGGCGCUGGUGGGCCUGUCGCUGCUCGCUCCCUGCAUGUGCUGCUACGCCCCCCUCAGGGCGUGCUACCGCUGCGGCGUGGCCUGCCGCUGCUGCGGCGGGAAACACAAAGCUGUGGGCUAAAGCGUUGCAGGCCCUGCCCCUUCCACAGUGACAGCUAGGACUCGCAGCAGGAAGCGGGGAGUUGGAGGUCCCUGCGAUAUCUACGUUGUUGUUGUUUUGUCGUCGUUGUCGGUCUUCAUAACUCCAGCUGCAUCUCAACGUCCAGAAGCUUCUGUAUGAGUCUUACAUGAUCAGUACUUUUACGCAGAUGUGUGCACGUUAUAUUUUUACACUCAUGUGUCCUAACGCCCGGAUGCGUGGGUGUGUCUGUCUGUAUGAAUGUUGCUGUAGCGCUCACCCACACCCACACCACCCGUCACAAAGUCAGCUGCUUCACUCGCUGCUGUUAGCCGAAAAAAGCUUUGUUCUGUUCGCCACCAGAAAAAUCACGUUAAUCAGCGAACACGGUGCUCCUGAUGCUGAGCUGACCAAACCUUAACUCAAAGCUAAGGGGUCAGAGGUCGAGCCCCUGUUGUCUGUGGGGUAAACCUCCUCAGCAGGGGUGGGAGCCUGUUCUCUGAGCGUCAUACCGUUAACACGAACCAAAGAGAGACCAACAAAAGUCUACAGCUGCUGUGUUACUAAGCCUCAUGAGGCUUCGUGACGAUUAACGCACUCACCACAAAACGUGCACGCGUCAUAUUCUCGCCGUCCGUCUGUGGUCGUGCGAAAGCCGCUCGUUGAGCUCUCAAACUCCAACGAAGAGCGUUGAUGUUGAGUCGAGAGCGCAUUUGUUCUCGCAGCUCGUCAUGUUUCAAGCUGCAAUGGCGCUGGACAUCGGCUCGCUCGCCUUUCACUUCAAAGAAAACGUCAUUAGUCCAUUUCCUGGACUACGCAGCGUCCACCUUCGUUUUCUUGACAGCUGCCAUGACUCUUCAUCAUCUGUGGCGAUCCUGUGAUGGCGUACAUCACCUGAUUUUGACUCGGACACGCAGCCGUGUAUGUUUGAUUUAUUCGUGCGUAUGUAAAAUAUAAACAUUUCAUUGCUUUGGUCUCGCCGGCCGUAUACGACCUGGAGGCCGAGGUUGCCCACCCCCGCUCUAGUGUAUUUCCUAGUCCACAGCCAGCCAAUCAGCACUGUUCUUCACUCUCAUUGGUUGUUACUGAAGCUGCUUCAACAGAGUAGAGCAGAGUUUGUCCCUGCCGUCAGUACAAGUGGCUGACUUUGAUCAGUUUGAUGGUGAAACGUGUUUCACUGUGCUGGGAGCUCUGGUUUCUGAUCCUUACAGUGGGUAUUUAACUGGUUUCAGUUUAACUGGAGCAGGUAACCCAGCAGGUCUGACCAGUGUGAUGAUGACCAUUUCUAGAGACAGAAUGAUGAUGAGCGAAGCACUUCCUCAGUCCUGAUCACACCUGAGAGUUUCCUUUAAUCACAAAUUUAGGAUCCGAUGCGCUCAGGUGCGGUCUGUGUGCAUCUACCACUGCGGGCAGUCUGUGGUCCGGGAACGCCCCCACGGACACCCCAGGCACUGUCAGUGGGGGUGUUCGUGCUGCAUGCUGCAGGUGAUGCCGGCUCGCUUAAAAAUGCAUCGAAGUAAAAAUGUUGAAUCCUUGAAGGUCCUGGAUCACAGGAAGCUCUGCGUCGAGCAGCAGACGAGGACACUGCGCUGAACACAACAGCUGGUCUGAAGUUUAGUGACGCGGACGUGCCGCUCGAUGUCAGAAGAUUUCAAUCUAAACAAAUAACGAAUCAUGGAGAUCAUCCGCUGGCGCUCUGCUAUUCAGAACAUCUGAAGCGAUGUGGUUUCUCCACUUCACGGCCAAAAGCUCUCGACUAUUGAAACUGUCUCAGAGUAAAGUUUUAACGCAGCUAGAAGAUGAUCCUGGUGUCACAUGUCGGUACAAAGACGACCCUUCAGAUCCCCUGACCUGUUUUACCUUUAGCAGCCGCCCAGUGAUGACACAGGCCUAGAAACUUUUUUAAAUUCCCGUCCCCCGAGACGCUUUGUUGGCCCCUCCCACACGCUCUCUUACUUUCUGCUGACAUCAUGGCCCGGUGAUGUCCACCGGGCUCUAAUUUCAGUUUACGGCUGACGUCAGAAUCUAAACGGUGCCACCUGUAGGCUGAGAGCAGUAUUACAGUCUUGUGAUGUCAUCCAGUAAUAAAUAUGAACAGCAGGUGUGAAACAGUAAAAGUCUAUUUUAUAAAACUGAAAUGACCUGUAAUAUAAACGAUUUCAUUAUGAGCUUCAUUUUUAUAGAAGACGUGUAGCUGUCGUCCGUGACGUGAAACAUACGAUCAGCCUGUAAGAUCCCGCGCCGCCGCCGGUCGGGAGGAUCGCCCGUCUGUCCGACCUGCGUCUCUGCUGACGUGUCCCUCGUGUGUUUUCCUGUCUGUGGCGAGGAAGGUGAACUGAAAGCAGUGUCUGUGUUUGUUAAAGGAAAGUGCCUGAAGCCUCCUCUUCAUCCUGUCCUGAUGUUUCCCUCAAUCAUGUGUAAAGAAUAUAAGGUGAAUUCACAAUUUUGUCUUUUUAUAUAUAAUUCACAUUUGUACCUAUGUAAAAAAACAAAAACACAAAAAGAUUCUAUAUAAAUCUAUGUAUCAGGUGUAUGAUGUACAUUUUCAGUUCUAUUUUUUUAUUGUUUCUAUUAUGUGAGCGAGCCGAGGAGAUGAAUAAACACAAAUGUCAUCUGGAAAU